AUGCUGAGACUCGCGGUCGUUUUUGCCUUUGCGCUCGGGUGUGCGCUCGCCGCGCCGACCCAGGAACAGCAGCCCUCGCUCCUCGAGCAGGUCUACGGCGUGUACAGCUCGUGCUCGUCCGAGUCCAAUCUCGCUGUGUGCCUGAAGCUCAAGGCCGCUGACUACGUCGACAGGGCCGCCCGAUCCGCCGAGAUCGACGUCUUUGAUGGGCUGAAGAUCGUGCAGAACAACGAGGGCAAGGCCAACAGCCGCGCCGACAACGCCAGAUCGCUCAACGACAUCGAGGCAUCCCUGCCCACGGAAGUCGAAGCCAGGGAGACUGCCGUUGACGAGGUCCUCCUCGACAGAGCGGCACGAUUCCUCUCGACCCACACCAUUGAGCUGAGCAUGCCCGAGGAGGUGUCCCGUUCCUUCGACGAAGCUCGCGGUAAGAAGAAGAAGCUUGGCAAGGCCCUCCUGCCGCUCCUGUUGCUCUUGAAAUUGAAGGCCGCUGCCCUCAUCCCCAUAGCUCUCGGUGGUCUGGCCCUUUUGGCCUUCAAGGCUCUCAUCGUCGGCAAGAUUGCCCUGAUCAUAAGCGCCGUGAUCGCCCUCCAGAAGCUCUUCGCCAGCAAACAGCAGAGCUACGAGGUCGUCGCCCAUGAGGUGCCACACCACCACGACGAGCACCACGGCAGCGGAUGGGCGCGAGCGAUGGAUCUUGCUUACAGCGCCCACAAGCCGACCACCGCCCAAUAA